AUGGUACACCUAUGUGGAAGGGAUUGCACAGCUCAUGCCGUUGAGAGAAGGGCCCACAAAGCUGUGCAAGCUACAGCAGCCUAUAAACCCAGACAGAAUGUUGUAAGAACAGUAUUGCAGCUUAUUGGUGUCUCUUCUUUAUUCAUAGCAGCAAAGCCUGAGGAAAUUUAUCCCCCAAAGUUGCACCAGUUUGCUUAUGUUACAGAUGGAGCUUGUACAGAAGAUGAAAUUCUCAGCAUGGAACUGAUCAUUAUGAAGACUCUUAACUGGAACUUAAAACCACUGACAGUUGUAUCAUGGCUAAAUAUUUACAUGCAAGUUACAUAUUUAAAUGAGCUUUAUGAGGUAUUGCUGCCACAAUAUCCACAGCAAAUGUUUGCACAAAUAGCAGAGCUCUUGGAUCUAUGUGUGUUAGAUAUCGGAUGCUUGGAGUACACGUACGGAGUACUUGCAGCUUCUGCUUUGCAUCACUUCUCCUCAUCUGAGCUGAUGCAGAAAGUUUCAGGCUAGGAACGGUGUGAGAUAGAGGAAUGUGUAAAGUGGAUGGUUCCAUUUGCGAUGCCUUUAAGGGAAGUAGGAAGCUCCAAACUCAAACACUUUAGAGGUAUUGCUCCUGAAGACUUGCACAACAUACAGACACACAUAACCAGCUUGGAUUUGCUGGACAAAGCUCUAUGA